AGAAUAAAUUCGAAAGUAAAAAAAAAAAAAAAAAAAAAAAAAAAAAGCGACGAGUAAAUAAAAAGUCGAAUAUAUAAAACGAAGUUUAAAGAAUAUAAUAGCAGUUGUAUAUGUAUAUUUUGAUCGUUAAUCAAACCGGCGUGUAAAAAACUUGUGACAAUUUAUUUAUCCCAUUGACUUACCGAUCGUCAGAGACGUAAUUCGAACGUUUGUAUUAUAUCUGCAGCGAACGAUUUCCUCCGAACUUGAAAAGAUGAUGCAGACAGUCGUCGCGAUGAAGGACGCAAGGAUUCCAGAAGUAAAUGACACCCGGCCAGCUCGAGUCGCGGAAAAACGGAACUACGCAAUGGCUUCAAUCAAGAGAGAAGCCUUCAGAAUUUUGAACAUUAAGACCAUGUUUUGGACUUUGGCUUUCCUGCUUUCCUGCAUCCUGAGCAAUAACAAUGUCCAAGCUAAUCCGGAUCCAGGAGCUUUCUACCCCAACAGUUUGGCCAACGAUCCGGAAAACUUGCGCCUACUGCAAAUGCUGCAGCAGCUUUCCCAACGCGAGAGAGAAAUCGACGAACGAGCUCGUCAGAUAACCGAGGAAGAAAUCGCCAUCGAAGAAAUACUCGAAGCGAAGGCUGGAAUGGUAAUUCCUCCCGCGGCAUUCCCGAGGGACAUAUUUCCGGAUGAAGAAGUCGGGGAACCACUUCCGGUACCGAGUGCUCUAAAACGCCCUCUUCCGCAACGCUGGGAAAAACGUGGCAGUUAUAUGGCGCUGUGUCAUUUCAAGAUUUGCAACAUGGGUCGCAAACGGCAAUCGCUGUCGCAGAUACGUCCGAAAAUCCGAUCGCUCAGAUCGUGGGUCUCUCUUGGUCCAAGAACCAUCAGCACUUUACCUGCACAACGGCCUAUCUCCUAGAUUUAUAUAUAUAAAUAUAUAUAUAUAUAUAUAUAUAUAUAUAUACAUAUACAUACAAAUAUAUACCAAAUAUUAGAUAUUGUAGUGUAACUGAAACAGAAUCAUCCUUAUAGCAUGUAUAAGUGUAAUAAUUCUAUAUGAAAGCAACAAUAAAUUACGUA